UGAUAUCAAGAAGCAGCCAGUCUGUGAACAAAUAUCUUUCAAGAUUUACAUUGAAGUUUUGUAUCACAUGCGUUUUAUUCAAACAUCCUGUCCGCCGCAGCUGUAACACAGAGAUGGAUAUUUCGAAGGUGUUUGUUGCAUUAUUCCUAGCUUUAGGAUUAACAAUGGUAUUAGGCAAUUGUCCACCACUGCAGAUACUAAGAUAUACAAUACGCAGCUUGGAAAGUGGGACUGAGAUCGGGUCGAUAGCCAAUACCACUUUAGAUCAGGAUCCGGCGAGGAGAUAUUGGGUACCUAGUCGCGAAGGUACAGACGGACUGUACUUUACAUUCGACAGAGAAACCAAGCUGUUUUCGGUGGCAAAAACGUUACCAGAAAAGAGAUUAUAUACGUUUAACCUUGGGUUUUGGGAUGGUUUGAAGAAUACGGAUACCUAUCAUAUCGUGUAUGUCACUGUUAAUUAACUUUGAAAUGCUGCUGACAAUAACAAAACAUAUAUACAAAUCCUA